UCCGAGGAAGCCUGACCCCAAGGGGGCUUGGGGUACAGAUGAAGCAGAGGAGAGGCGGCCCGAGGGGAGCAGAGCAACUUUGGUUUUUAGUGACUCAACUCCCUCUCCCGUCUCCUCGCUCCCCUUCCCCAAAACAACUUUCUCUUCCGGGGUCAGGCAGGCCCGCCCCGACGCGGACCUUGCGCCCGCGGGUGCCGGGAGCUGCGGGGCUCGGGGCGGUCUCGAGGGGCUCCGGCCGCCCUCCGCCCCACAGGUGAGCGCCGGGGGCCCCGCCGUGCCCUCGGGUCCGCGGGCACCGCCUGCAGGCCGUGCAGCCUGGGCGCACGACUUCGGGAAUCAUUGUUGGCUCACAGAGCACUAGGAAGUCCCUCUCCCCGCACCCCCAGAAGCCUAGGGGUCGGAGAGUCCGUAAGAUUCUCAGAGGCGUGGAUGCACCCCAUCAGGAGUCCAGGCGCAAAGGACGAGGUAGCCAAGCCAUUCUGAGAGGUGUGGGGUGAUAACUCGUUGUAGUUUUGAUUUGCAUUUCCCUGAUGGACAGUGCCUGGCACAGAGCAUUGGAGACAACCAAUAAAUACUUGUUGAAUUCAUGAGAGAAAGAAUGAACGUGGGCUUCAUCACCAGGAGGGCAAGACCUUGCCUGUGACAGUGUGUCUGCCAACAUGGCCCCCAAAAAGAAGACUGUCAGAAAGAACAAAGGAGAUAUCAAUGAGAUGACCAUUAUCGUAGAAGACAGCCCCCUAAACAAACUAAAUGCUUUGAAUGGGCUCCUAGAAGGAGGCAAUGGCCUUAACUGCAUUUCUUCAGAAUUAACAGAUGUUUCUUAUGGUCCCAACCUCUUGGAAGGCUUGAGUAAAAUGAGGCAGGAGAACUUCCUUUGUGACCUAGUCAUUGGCACCAAAACCAAAUCCUUUGAUGUUCACAAGUCAGUGAUGGCUUCGUGCAGUGAAUACUUUUACAACAUCCUAAAAAAAGACCCAUCUACCCAAAGGGUGGAUCUCAAUGAUAUCUCGCCGCCAGGCCUGGCUACUGUUAUCGCCUAUGCCUACACUGGAAAGCUGACUCUCUCCUUGUAUACAAUAGGAAGCAUUAUUUCAGCUGCUGUUUAUCUUCAGAUCCAUACCCUUGUAAAGAUGUGCAGUGAUUUUCUGAUACGAGAGAUGAGUGUUGAGAAUUGCAUGUACGUUGUUAACAUUGCUGAAACAUAUUCCCUGAAAAAUGCAAAAGCAGCAGCCCAAAAGUUUAUCCGGGAUAACUUCCUGGAAUUUGCGGAAUCAGAUCAGUUUUUGAAACUUACCUUUGAGCAAAUUAAUGAACUUCUUAUAGAUGAUGACUUACAGUUGCCUUCUGAAAUAGUAGCAUUCCAGAUUGCAAUGAAAUGGUUAGAAUUUGACCAAAAGAGAGUGAAACACGCUGCAGAUCUUCUGAGCAAUAUCCGCUUUGGUACCAUCUCUGCACAGGACCUGGUCAAUUACGUUCAGUCUGUACCAAGAAUGAUGCAAGAUGCUGAUUGUCACAAACUUCUUGUAGAUGCAAUGAACUACCACUUACUUCCGUAUCAUCAAAACACAUUGCAGUCUCGGCGCACGAGAAUCCGCGGGGGCUGUCGAGUCCUUGUCACUGUUGGGGGACGUCCAGGCCUUACUGAGAAGUCCCUUAGUAGAGACGUCCUGUACAGAGACCCUGAAAAUGGAUGGAGCAAGCUUACAGAAAUGCCAGCCAAGAGUUUUAAUCAGUGUGUGGCUGUGAUGGACGGAUUUCUUUAUGUGGCUGGUGGCGAAGACCAGAAUGAUGCAAGAAAUCAAGCCAAGCAUGCAGUCAGCAAUUUCUGCAGAUUCGACCCCCGCUUCAACACCUGGAUACACCUGGCCAGCAUGAACCAGAAGCGCACGCACUUCAGCCUGAGCGCGUGCGACGGGCUCCUGUACGCCGCGGGCGGCCGCAACGCCGAAGGCAGCCUGGCCUCGCUGGAGUGCUACGUGCCCUCCAGCAACCAGUGGCUGCCCAAGGCGGCCCUGGAGGCGGCGCGCUGCUGCCACGCCAGCGCGGUGGCGGGCGGCCGGCUGCUGGUGACCGGCGGGUACGUGGGCAGCGCCUACUCGCGCUCCGUGUGCGCCUACGACCCGGCCGGCGACUCGUGGCAGGAGCUGGCGGGCCUGGGCACGCCGCGGGGCUGGCACUGCGCCGUGGCGCUGGGCGACCGCGUGUACGUGAUGGGCGGCAGCCAGCUGGGGCCGCGCGGGGAGCGCGUGGACGUGCUGGCGGUGGAGCGCUACAGCCCCGCCACGGGCCAGUGGAGCUCGGCGGCGCCGCUGCCCGUGGGCGUGAGCACGGCGGGCGCCGCGGCGCUGCACGGCCGCGCCUACCUGCUGGGAGGCUGGAACGAGGGCGAGAAGAAGUACAAGAAGUGCAUCCAGUGCUUCAGCCCGGAGCUCAACGAGUGGACGGAGGACGACGAGCUGCCCGAGGCCACCGUGGGCGUGUCCUGCUGCGCCCUGUGCAUGCCCAGCGGCGCCAGCCGCGAAUCCCGGGCCAGCUCGGUGUCCUCGGUGCCCGUCAGCAUCUGAGGCCGGGCGGCCGCGGGGACGGCGGGCGGCGGGCGUGACCUACCUCGGCUGUGCCUGGCGGUUUUGUGGUUUUUUUAUUUCUUUUUUUUUUUUUUUUUUUUUGAAGCCGGCUGCAGAGCCCUGGCAACAAAGGAAAGACCCUUUAUUUCAGCGGCCACUGGGUGGCAGGCAGAAUUCGCUGUGGGCCCCCGUUCCACCGGGCCUGUUCCCUUCCUGCACAGCGGUCACACCCACACUGGAGAGUUGUCAUCUACCCGGUAGCACACGUGAAGCUUAUGGAAGCAGCUUCAUGCACAAAAGUUUAUCUUCCUCCCUCUCCUUUUUUCUUUAGGACGUCCAAAAGUUCACUCGUAGCUUUUAUUUGUUCAGGAGAGACGCAGAGACACGGGCAGGGGGAGAAGCAGGCUCCAUGCAGGGAGCCCGACGCGGGACUCGAACCCCGGUCUCCGGGGCCACGCCCUGGGCUGAAGGCGGGCGCUAAACCGCCGAGCCACCCGGGCUGCCCGCUCAGAGCCUUUAAAGUAGAAGCCCAUCUCUAGCCACAAAGACUUACCUCUAUAUUUAAGGGCAGUUUCUUUUCCUAGACGUGACCGAGUGAAGAACACCGAAAGGCGUCCCAUGACCCAUGAUAAAGUCAUAAAGCUUAAAACCAAGUUUGACUGGAAGGUAACAGGGAUUCCCCGCCCUGGGACUGUCACACUGCUCCCUUUGAUUUAUCCCUUAUUCUUUUCUUCCUCUGUGCCCCAGUCCCCAGGGUAUUUGCUAUCAAAAAAAGAUGCUGCUCGCAGAGAAGAAACUAACCGCUAGUCAUUUAGUGUAUGGUGUAAAUUUAGGUCAUUUUGUUGUUUCUCCUAGAAGUAUUUGGAAUUUAACCUUUGUCCCCUGUUAAACAAACAGCAAGUAUCACGGGAGGCUUACUCUGACCCUAAAAACUACACCAAGAUGCAACCUUGACCCUAAUGUAAGCCCCCACAGAAGAACACCAAAUAAACCUAUGGCCAAAAGGACCACCAGUGUAAAGCUUAUACAGCCCGAAGUUUAUACAACUGAUAACAAUAAUUUGAUUCCCCCCACUUUUUUUAAUGCAUGACAAUGAAAGGAACAUUUGGAAUUCUUGGGUCUAGUAGUAACAGGAUGAAUGGCUUCUACUGUUGGUAAAUGUCACUGUUUCCCACUUCAUAGCAGUCCUCCUGAUUUCUUAAUUUACGCCAAUACAUUCAUUUCACAUGCAAAUAUGAAAAUAAUGUAUGCCCGUUCUGUUCUAUGUGUUUUAACUUCAUCUGCUCCAAUUAGCUUUGCAAAUUAAAGUAUAUCCACUUGAUGUCACUUUUCUUAUAUAUUUGCCAAAUUUUGGAGCAAGGCAAUGAUUGUAGUAAAUAUCACAUAUUUUCCUUUCUUAUAAUUUAUCACUUUUUUCUUUGGUGGUUUAUUUGUUUUGGAGACGUGGCCUAUAAGUAAGUUAUGGGUUAUGUGCAAUUGGGUUUUGGAAAAUAAAACCAUUUAAACGGUUAAUCAUGAAUAUAUAGAAAUUUAACUGGGUUUUCAUUAAUCCCCUCUCUCUUAUCUUGCGUAGAGAGGUUAUUGCUAGAGUUUCAAUAUUUAUAUUUAAAAUAUUUUAUUUGAACUGUGAAAAGUGGUUCAUAUAGUACACUUUGUGGAACAAUUUUAUAUCAUUGCCUCUUAUGAAAAGUUCAAUAACUGCAUAUUUAAUGCUAACACUUGGUAAAGCCUACAACACUGUAAGCCAAGAACAAGGCAUUAGUCAUAUGAAAACACUGGGCUAUUUCCUCACCCCACACAGAACAUUAGGAGCUUCUCUGAGUAUGAAGCAGAUCUAAAGGCGCCUGCUCCCUUGACUCCUUCUCCGUCCAGGCUGGAAAAUGAAGCUGUGUAAGAAACCAGUUUAUGGAGAAAGUUAAAUGAAGCAAGUUAAAUCAUUGAGCGCCUUAAGUUAUCAGUGUACAAACUAUAGAUAACCUUUGUCCUUUAUGGCAUCAUUGAUAAAAUAAACUUGUCAUUUUUAAUAAAUUAUCUCAGCCACAACUUACAAAACCUAUGUGAGGGUGACUCUAACAUCUUUUAAUUGGGCAUCAAUGUAUAAAUAUAUUCUUGUACAAUUGAGAAGCCUGUAGUGCAUUAUGAAUUUUGAGAGAAAUAAAGGUGACUUAUUAUGAAUCACAGGUCAUAAAUGGGCAAAUAGGCAUAAUUCCUGAUGUACACUAGUAGAUGUGUCUCCCAUUGAGAUCCUAGAAGUUUUGUCAAGUGGAGGACCUAAGCCUUGGAAUGAAAUAAGAAUCAAUCAACCGUAACAUUUUAUCUUGGAAGAAUGAGGAGAGAUUAAAAGCAGAGGAUUAUUCAGCCUUCAGAGCUUGGUGAGAGGUUGUACAUGGACUUGGCAGUGGCUUUCUGGACAUGAGACUGAAGACAUGUUAGAGCUGGAUAAAUCAUUUGAAAUUACCACGUAAUGUAUUUUCUACAUUGUUUAUCUGAAGACUCAGAAAACACACUCGCCUGGGCUUACCAGGUUCCUGGGUGCAUUGCUGUUUUGUCUUCCGUUUCAACAAUCAGGUUAAUAAAUAAAGACCAUUAUGAA